UGAAAUAGCGUAUGAUUUAAUGUGAUAAUCCAAUUAUUGCUUUAAAAUACAGCUAUGUUAUAUUUAUUACAUAAAUAUAAAAAAUUGUUCGUAGGAAAUACCUAUCAGUUCUUGUUUGUGCAUUUGUGCGAAGUCAAGGGAAGUAAAAAAUACAGUACAAUAAGGAUGGAACUACUUGGCAUUAAGUUUGCUCCUUUAAACGUACCACUGGAAAGACGCUUGCAAACUUUGGCAGCAGCAGCUUGGUUGGUUACCUUCACCGUAGGGGGUAUAAUAGGUACAUUCUUAGCCCUAUAUCUGGUUCUUUGUACAAGAUUAAGGUGGGUGGUGCUACCAUAUUUGAUAUGGGUAUAUUUCAUAGAUAGGCAUGCUGCAGAAACCGGUGGUAGGAUCAGUCCUUGGGCUAGAUCCUGGAAGUGGUGGAAGUAUCUCAAGGACUAUUUUCCAUUGCAGUGUGUAAAAUCAGAUGGAGCGAUAUUGGAUCCUAACAAAAAUUAUUUGUUUGGAUGCUUCCCACACGGGGUUAUGCCUAGCGGGAUAUUUAGUUUAUUAAAUACGAACUAUGGUGGUUUCGACGAGUAUUUUCCUCAUCAUGAGAGAUAUUUGGUAACUUUGUCCGAGCAAUUUAUGCUUCCGUUUUCUCGGGAAUUGAUGUUAAGUUUGGGUGGGGUAGCGUCCUCUGUGAAAUCCAUUGAAUAUAUUUUGGGAAAGCCUGGUGGAGGGAACGUCUUGGGGAUAACAGUAGGAGGUGCCAAAGAGUCCCUCAACAGCAAACCAGGGAUAUACAGAAUUGUAUUGAGACGACGCAAAGGUUUUGUUAAGUUAGCACUGCGUAACGGUGCUCGUCUGGUGCCUGUCUUUUCCUUUGGGCAAAAUGAUUUGUUCGAUCAACUGGAUGGGCCUCGUUUGAGGAGGUUUCAAGAGGCGCUGAGGAAGUGGAUUGUCAUAGCGCCUAUUAUACCUAUAGGGAGAGGAUUUUUCCAGUAUUCCUUCGGACUUAUUCCCCGAAGACAUCCAGUCGUGACUGUUGUAGGUAAACCAAUUGAGAUGCCAAAAAUUGAAAAACCCACCCAAGAAGAUAUUGAUAAAUAUCACACUAUAUUUAUGGAGAAGUUGAUUGAAUUAUUUGAAGAAAAUAAGCAUAAGUAUUUGGAGGAACCAGAAAGUAAGAAACUGACUAUAGAUUAGAGACUUCUUUGUGUUAAUUUAAAGAUAAUAAAAACUUGAGACAUUAUUAUUAUGA